UCAUUUGUGGAAAAUGGAUCGGAGGAUGCAACGAGAUGAGGAGCCUCUACAAAACUGGUGCUUUGGAGACCAUGUUAAAGGAUUGCUGCCAAGGUGAUAUCACUUGCCGAAGAUCCAUGUAACGUUUCUUCAAAGUUCAAUCGAUUGGGGAACGUGUAGUCAUUUAUAGAUCAUCUAGAGACAAUAAAUAUGGUCUUGUAACCGCUGCUCUCUGGUCUUUACUUCCAUAACACUAACAUAACCUAUCAUGGCCUCAAAUAUGGAGCAAAGUGACGUGAAAAUAUUCCGAGAACAUAGCCCAUAUAUUCAACUGUUAAGUAAAAUACCUUCAAGGGUUCACAGAGGUAUGGUGGGCUAUGACCUCAAUCUCACUUGCAUCGCCGUGCAUCCAAAGUUCCUAGCCUUGGGAACCAAUGCCGGAUUGGUGUAUUGGUAUGACAGAGGCCAAGACAUUCUACAGAGACUUUGGUGUUCCAAUCGUCGAAUACCAAUCACGAAAGUAUGUCUGGUGGAAACCGUGGACCUGAUGUUGGCGGUUGGAAAUCAAGACGGUUGUGUGACUAUUUUUCAGAUUCCCCGGCCAUUGGAUAAGACCAUACAUCCUCCGUUACUUCGACAAACUUCCGAGAGCUUGACCGGAGCGAAUGGCGAAGGCUUGGAGUUGUUCACAAUUCCUGGUCUUCAUACCAAGCCCAUAAAGGCCUUAGCUUGGUCAAAGAAUGGGAUGAAGCUCUUUUCAGGAGACGACAUGGGCCAAGUAAGCUUGACUGAGAUCGAUUUUGUGGCCAGAACGACGUCGAGCAUUCCUUUGUGCAAAGAGGGAUUCAGGAUAACUCAACUUAGCUACUCCAAGCCGUACUUAAUGAUAUCAACCACGGAAAGAUCUGUAGUCAUAGACACCGCUAAAAGUGAUCUUGAACCUCUUGUGGUCGGAGAAAGAUUGAGGAAAGUUUACGGACCCUAUGGGGGCAUAAUUUGGCCAAGUACGUCCAAAAGUGUGAAUUUAAUGGCCGUCAGACCCAAAAACACCUUCUACGCCGCCAGUGUGUCCAAGGAUCAAUGCAAGGUGGACUCUACCAUCUUGUUAGAGAGCAGCCUCAAACGACCCCACCUAGACAUUCCAUUAAUCAAUCCCAUGGUGUUCACCCAUGAUAUCGGAAUUGAGGACGACAUUCACCUUUUGGAACCCCUUCUCCACGAAGACGGCGUUUCUACUUACUUCGUGGGUUAUAAUGCAAACAUCUUACACAUCAUAGACCCGAAGAAACCCAUGGUAUUGGCCAGUUGUAGCAGCUUGCGUGGAAUUCUUGAUCUCUCCACCUGCUCGGGGUCCGGCUCGGAUAAGAUCAAUCAUGACGAGAUUUUUAUUCUGGAAGGGCCUCGAAGCGUCGUUCGACUUUCUCUUGCCCCAGAUCCAUUUCACGCCGAACUUCUGGAUACCACUGUUAACCCCCUAGGUACGGAUGAGACCGAGGGCGUUGGCUUAGAGUCUGUGGGUCCUAAUCUUGCGUCCAUGACAGACUCUGUUGUGUCGAAACUUCCGUAUUUUGGCGCCAACUCUUUAGCUGCUUCGGCGGGGAGCGCCAUUUCAAAUUUUGGCGGGAAACUGUUCAGUUCGCCUUCUACAGAACCUGAUGUUGAAGAGGCCCAAGAGAUUCGAUCAGAUUUAGAGGACGAUAAGAAGGACUUGGAGUCUCUUUUCGGUGAUGACAACGAUGAUGAAUCUGGAGGCUAUCGGGGUUCGUUUCAAACCCUGAGUCUUCAAUUGGUGUCUCCUGACCCGGACAGUUCUAACAGCCCAAUUUCUACCGAACCUGAUCCACAAAAGGAGAAAUCUUUGUUGGAUAAACUGAAGAUUGGCUCUUACUUUAGCCCAACAAAACCUGAAGGCGACUCUUCAGAGCCCGUGAAAGACGAAGUCAAAGUGGUCUUAUGUCUGGAACCUUUGUCAGGAUCUCAAUAUUGGCAGUCGUUUAACUUCAUUGAGCCUUACAUUUCCAGAGUUGAAGUCCAUGGUCAACAAAUUAUGGCAAUCUGCGCAAAUAGUACUCUAUAUGAGGGAAUCUUGGACCAUGACAAGAUUCAUUGGAAAAAGCUCUCGUAUGAAGCCAGCGACAUCUCUGUGUCGGAUAAUGGGGCCAUCAUUUGGACGGUGUGUAAUGGCAAGGCUUACUCUAUGGAGGAUCCCAUGCAAAACGAUUUCGUCGAAAUCACGUCCCAAGCCAAAUGGGUGCGAGUCACCGACAAAUUCGGAGUGGUCUUAAAGCUUGACGGAACAUUAGACAUUUAUCUGGAUAUUCAUAAGCCCACUCUUCUCCUGCAAAGAUCCGAGCGGCUAAAGUUUGAUGGACAUAUUUCUAGUUUAUCCGUGGUGGAGAAUCUCAUGACCGUCGUGUCAAAUGGAUUUUUGUACUUGAGAAGUGGACUAUCGGCCUCUAACAAUGCUUUGGGUACAAGUUGGACUCUUGCAAGAAACCUCAAGGUUCAGGUGGAACAUGUGACAUUGUAUUCAAACGCCUCCAGACAAAAAAUGUUGGUGACAACCACUGAUAAUGAGGUCUAUUUUUGUCAAGGGGACCUCGCAAACAAGGAUUUCAAUCCUCAAUGGAUCCAAAUCUCAGUCUAUGGAUGUUCAAUCGACAUUGAUGAGAGUCUUAAAGUAUCCAUGAGCAACUCCAUGAUUGUCGUUGCUGAUCCUGCAUCUGGAGCUGGAGUGAUAUCUCAAGAGAUGGUAUCUGGUUCGUAUUGGGAGACGAUUCAGUUCGACCAAAUCAAAUCUCGCAUUAAGGAAAUCCAAGCUAAUGGCAUUUUUGAGCUUGAAGGAGUCCUGUGGGUCGUUAUGUUCUCAUUGAAGCCGAACGUGAACGAACUUUUCUUUACCAAAUUCCAUGACCAAUCUCUCCAUCAGGUUCCCCUUCCGAGAGAAUUGGAUUGUCCUAUUACCUCAAUAGCUGCUUCUCCGGAGGCUUGUUGGCUUUUGUCGUCCAAAGGUGACAUUUUUAUCCGGACAGACAUCCGGCCAAUUCUCCCCGAAGGAGCUGAUUGGCUCAAACUCGACAUGACCCAGUUGGUAGGAACAACCAAAUUGGAGCAUAUUGCAAUGGGUACAGACGUAAUCUGGGCAUUGGACUCCAACGGACAAGUUUGGCUCCGAUUAGGGUCCGUCGGGCCCAAUGAGGUGAUCCCUGCUUGGGUGGCACUUGAAGACUCUGAUCUGAAGUUGGCCCGUAUUGCCAGUUCUUCUUCCAUUCACAUGGUGUGGGCCAUUGACACAGAUCAGCGUGUCGUUGUGAGGGAAGGGAUCUAUCCGGAUUUUAGACACGGUGCGGCCUGGACCCAUGUGGAUGGAGUGGAAAGGGUUGUGGAUAUCAUUGCCUCACAUGCCUACAUUUGGGUCCUGACCCAGGACGGAUCUUUCUUUCGGAGGAGUGGAAUCACAGAAGCUAAUGUGAGAGGAGAGUUUUGGGAGAUGGUGUCGCUCCACAGUCACACGUUAACCUCCGUGUCCGUAACAGUGUGUGAUAAACCGUUUGCCUUGGAUAAACGAGGUCGCAUCAUCGCGCUCAAUGACGUGGAAAUUUGCUUGAGCGAUUGAACGUUCGGUUUCCUAGAGCGUCCCUAUGCCGCAAUUUUUGGCCUGAACAUUCCGUUGAAUAGCGCUUGAAAUUUUGAGAAUAUUUGAUGAUUAUUUGUUUUGUUGUGCUCUGAAUUUUGCUGAAACAGACAAGACAUUUGGAAAUAAACCAUUUUGAAAUGUCA